AUGCAGCUAAAAGAUUUCAUCCUAAAAUUUGGAACUGAUAACAGUUCAGUUGCAGAAGAUCUCAGUGAGCGCCGAGGAGUAAAGAAAACAGAUGCAAAUGGAGUUGUUGCAUAUGUUUUAGUGCUGGACCGGGAAGUGGAACAGGGUCUUGGAGGGAAGCAGCCACCGGAGGAGUUCAGCCACUGUUACAAGAGGAUCAUCACUGACCUUCUGUACAACCUAAAGAACGAACAUGCGUCACAGUUUAUAGACCUGCACAAAGGAAGACCUGAAAUCAACCAAACCUUUCAUCAAGCUCAGCAGCGCUUCAUACGCAACAUUCACCUCAAGUUGAGACACACUAACAUCCGCGAGACAAACGUCAGCUGGGGAAAGAAAGGUCUGAGUGCCAAACACAACAGAUCUCAUCAGUUUUAUGUGGACCGCCUUUGCUCUCACUUCCAGCGCACUAUCACUGCUUCCCUCAACAGACACAUGCAGGUCCGUCAGCCUAAAGGAUCUUUCGACAUGCAGAGGAAAGAGGUUUCCAGACUCAAAACUCAAGAAGAGAUUCAGCGCCAUGUCAGAUUUGGGAAAACAUUAGCACAGGGCUUUGCGUUCAGGCAGAACUUUCUAACAGAAGUAAGAAGUGCACUUGAAGCAACAUCAUUGUCCCUGAAUGCUUUGCUGAUAGUUGGAGAACCAGGGUCUGGAAAAAGCACGACGCUUGCCAAAUUGGCUCAGCUAAUACCUACUUGGAUACCUGGGGAUGUCAAAGUGCUGGCCUGUUUUGUGGGUCUGACAUCUGACAGCAGAAAUGUGCGAUUGCUCCUCCAGACUCUGUGCCUUCAGUUAUCCAACAUCUACAGCCUUCAAACAGAGAUAUCUGAGUCUCUGUCAGAGUUGUCCAGCGAUCUGUGCUCAUUGUUGGGUUUGGUGACAGAGGAGCGGCCCUUGACCCUGCUGCUGGAUGGUCUGGAUAAUCUGAGCGAGGAACAUGAAGCUGACCUUUCCUGGCUCAGUGAUAUUCUUCUGCCACAUGUCUUCAUUGUUGUUUCUGCCAGCACACACUCUAAAUGUGCUCAUUUUCUACAGUCUCAGGUUAAGGUCUCUGUCCUGUCUUUACCUGCUCUUCACCAUGAGGAGAUCACAUCAGCACUGGCAUCACGAUUAUCUUCAGACUCACGCCAGCUAACAGAAAACCAGUGGACGCUUUUAUCCCAGUCCUGCCUAUCCUGCCCUUCUCCUCUCUACCUCAAUUUAGCCUAUGCAGAGAGCAAACAAUGGAGUUCCUUCACACCCGAAAACAAUCUCAACAUCCCUAAGGAUCCAAAUCAGCUUUUCAUAAACGUCCUAGUCAGUUUAGAGCGAGAGUAUGGGUCAUGUUUGGUACGACGUUUGGCUUUGCUCAUUUCACUGUCCCGCUCUGGCAUCGCUGAGGAGGAACUUUUGGUGCUUUUAGGAUGCGAUGGUCAUGUGAAGCGCGAGAUGGCGAGUUUGCAUCAUCAGACGCUUCCAGGUUCUAAAUAUUCCCCUGUGCCUUAUGCAUUUGUGGCAGGACUUUUGUACAGUUUGAGGGAUUACAUGACAGAAGUGGAAAGUGACGACACAUGGGUUUUACGCUGGACUCACAUGGAGUUUUGUUGUGUUGUAUUACAGCGGUAUGCACCAACAGAAGACUCUGUAAAAGCUGUCCAUGCAGACUUUGCUGAUUAUUUCAAUGGGAGUGCUCCGAACAGCCAGGUUUUUCAACCGUUGGCUUGGAUCAGGAAGGAGAGAGGAAGAAGGUGCUAUGUGUUUAAUUUGCGCAAACUCCACUGUUUGCCGUAUCAUUAUAUCCACUCAGGGCAGAUCAUUCCUUUGCUCACUGAGUGUCUGUUUAACUACGAGUUCCUGCUGCAUAAACUGUGGGGAUUGUCCAUCUAUCACGUCCAGGAGGACCUUAAAGCGGCUGUCAUUGUGGAUAAAGAUCUUCUGGACGUUGCUGUUUUGGCUCAAGUUUUGAGUCUUUCUCAUUCUGUGCUGUUGAAUGACCCAUGCCAGCUGGCAUCUCAGCUCCUGGGUCGUUUGGAGCAGAUAAUUUGCCAAGACAAACCCGUAACUUCAGGUGACCCAAGACGAUUCUCCUUCCUUCAUGAUCUGUUAGCUCAGUGCAGAAGCUCUUCUCUGCCCGUUCUGGUGCCCUCAUACACCUGCCUGCUUCCUCCAGGUGGACUCAUGCACACACUCCUGUCAGGUCAUAUGAGUGCCGUGACCGCACUGGCUUAUGGUGGACGUCACCUUGUUUCCUGCUCGUCUGAUGGAAAGCUGAAUCUAUGGCGUCUGGACGAGCAAAUGAGGCCUGUGGGGGCCCUACCGAGGGCUCAUGGAUGCGCAGUAGACUGGGCCGCAGACUCGCUCACUCUUUGUCUGGAUGACACUGUGCUCGUGCUGCAGAUGGGCUACUGUCUGCAGGUCAGAGAGGUGCAUUCUGGGAAGGUGCUAUAUGUGGAGGAGUCAUUAGAUGUUCCUGUGGUCACAUCUGCAUGUGAUGGACGGCUGCUGGUGAUUUUCUAUGAUGGAUGUCAUAUGGUUAAGGUAUUUAAUCUUGUGUCGUCUUGUUCGCUGCUCUUUUGUGUAAACCUCACUCUGGAGUUUGAGCCCAUCCACAAAGACCAGUCAAUUGUAGUCUCCCGUCAACCUGCUAAAGACUACGUUCUCUUCGCCUACAGGUUACAAGCACAUUACCACGCACAUAACACACGCAUGCACAUCAACAUUAAUUAAUCAUUAAAGUAUUUUGUUCUUAAAUAACAAGAUGAGCUCUGACAUAACAAUACGGCGCAUAUCUAAUUUCCAGCCAUGUGUGAAAACAAAGACACUGUUCCUGGACUGAUUUAUAUUGUCUGGUCACACAAUGUAUUAUUUAAAAGUCUGCUUCUCGAGUGUAUGUGUUUGUGUGUGUGUUUAUGUUACUGGUUUCCUUUGUUGGUUUUGUAAAUCUGUAGCUAUUUAAAAAAAUGAAUGAAGGCGGUUUAUCUAUCUCGUAUUUCAAUGCAUGAUUAAAAUGCAAGGAUUAUCCAGGAGCGACGAUUGAAAGAAGUAAUGAACCUUUACUAUUAAUGUGAUUAAAACACGUACGCAAUUACACCCAACUGGGUCGACUAGUAAUUUGAAACUGUUAUUAAAAUUAGCUGUCAAAGCCAUAAGGCAUUCAUUUAAGGAACAAAAGUGUCUCUUCUUGUGUCUCGGAUGUAGAAUAAAAAUAAAAGACUUCUCUCACAAUUUUGACGUUU